GGUCACUUAGACAAUAAUACCAAUUUUAAUUUCAAAUUAAUAACUAAAAAGUAAAGAAACCCAUAAGCUCUCCGCUCCAAAUUUCCAAUUUCCAGAUCCUUUCUUUUUCGCUUUUCAAACCCAAAUCUUCUUCUUCUUCUUCUUCUUCUUCUUCUUCUUCUUCUUCUUCUUCUUCUUCUUCUUCUUCCAAGUAAUUUGAAUUACAUAGCAACAGAAGAGGGCUUGCGAAUUACAGAGUGAUGGGUUGCUUUUUUGCUUGCUUUGGUUCAUUCAAAGAUCCGAAACGCCUCAAGAAUCAUCACAAAUCUUCUCAUUCACACCACCCAUCCACCAUUCAGAGUAAUGCGAUUCCUAAACCCGCCCAAUCUUCUGUUCCUACAUUGCCUGACGACUCUAACAAUAAAUUCUUGCAAUUGGUUGAACCUGGGCGUGAUGGGUCAGAAAUAACUUCUGUGAAACCCCAUGAAGAUGAGCAUAUUGCUUUACCCCAAGAAGAUGCUGCUUCAGUUCACAGCAAAAAACAAUGCCUGAAGAAGGAAGAAGAAAGUGUGGAAAAAUCAAGCAAACCUGAAUCUUCAACUGAAAAUUUUGUUGUUCCUCUCAAUCCCAACUUCAAAUCAUCUUUCCCUCCGAUUCAUCGAUACAUGAACUGUAAAGAUAGUGAUGAUGAAGAUGAGGUUUUUGAUAGUCAUCUUGCCAGUGAUGAAAAUGAUGAAUUUGGAAUGGUUGAAUCAAUGAAGGAAGAUUCUUCUGUGGCUGAAAGUUCAGAGAAUGUUGGUAGGCUAAACCCAACAAAUGUGAGGCAUAGGACUGCUUAUUUUUGCAAUGUACUGAAUCCAGUUGAGAAUCUUUCUCAAUGGAAUGCUGUGAAAUCAAAGAAGGAAUUUCCAUCAACACCUCAGAAAGAGAAUGUGGAGUUAGAACAAGAAUCAAGUGUUGAGGAAUUCCCAUACAGCAGUUCGAAGCCGAGUCGAGAAGUGUGUGUUGAUGCCAGCCUUUCUAACUGGUUGGCUUCAUCAGAAGCAACACCAGUCAGUAAGAUUACUGCAACAAUGGGUUUAGAAACCUUAGAAGCCACCAUUACUCCAGUGAAAAGUGGGACAUUGCAAGGAUCGAGCUCGGUGAAAAGAAUCGGCCGCGGCGAGAUGCCUGAAGUUGGAAAAGUUCGUAUGUAUUGCAGGCAAGGAGUGAGUGAUAAGGAUCGUGAUUCAGCUUCUUCAUUUAAAGGAAUACCGAAUACAACUAGCAAGUAUAGAGAGGAUAAGACAGUGAAGUGGCACUCUACACCAUUUGAAACAAGGCUGGAGAGAGCUUUGAAUAGUAGAGGAGUUGUAGCUUGAAGCUCUUGGAGCACUAUUAUUUGCUGUCAACUGUUUGAUUUUCUUCUAUUAGGUUGUGUAAAGUAUAUUUAUUUGUUUGUAAAUCAAUCCACUGUUUUAUUUUCUUCUA